AUGAAUUUAAGUAUUCCUGCUGUGUGUAAUAUUGUUACACUCUGGGAUCUCAAAAAAUCAAUUGAAAUUCUUGGUAAAUCUAGCAAGAAAAAAAAGUUCAACGCUGAUGUACUGAAGUUCGAUAAGAAAAGACUAUUGGUGUUUGGAUCUGGUAAGAUUAUAGCUACUGGGUUCAAAUCACAACUGGAAACCGAGAAUUUUGUAACUGGUAUCUAUCCAGAAAUUGAAUUCAAACGAGUCAUUAAUAUUACAGCUAGUAAAAAGAUUUCCCCACCUCUAAAGGUUGCGCAGAUUUUUAAAAGUGAUCUGAUUGUAACUUAUGAACCAGAGUUAUUCCCCGCUCUAAAUUGGAAAGAGAACGGCGUUUGUUUCAUUUACUAUCCAAAAGGUUCAUUAAUCCUAACCGGUGCGAAAUCAAUAGACCAACUCGAAGAAUCUUAUUCUAAAUUCUGUCAUCGAUUCAACCUACCAACUAAUACAUUAUGA